AUGAAUCGACCAGUGAUUUUGUCAGGACCAGGCCCGCAGCCGCUACGAGGCAUGUCCGGAUUCCCCGCGCAACAGCAAGCUCAAGCUCGAAACGCGACAUUCUCUUCUGCACGAUUGCAAAACGGUAAGUGUGGCACGGAAGUAAUUGUUCCCGUGAACAAUAAGGUAUGCAAUAAACGCAUAGAAGUGGAUGCUAAUAAUUGGGGGUCAAUGAUUAGGUGGCGCAGCCAAUUGGAACUUCAACCUCCCUGUGAGCGGAACUUCGACUCUACAAAACACGCAGCAACGCACAAUGGGGACAAUGGGAAGCUUUGCGCAAAGUCUUGGGGGCUCCCAACCGGCAACACCGUUGGAUCUCUCGUAAGUGACUAUUUCCUAGCCAACGAGUUUCCUUCCCUGUCAGGUGCACCGCAGCAAUCGCAAUCCCAGAACCCCGGCCAGCUAGUCUGGGCCAACGCGAGUCAACGCGCCGCUCAACACACACCUGUUCAGAGACAACAACACGCACCGACCUCACAGCCCCCUUCUCGUGCCUCCCAAACGCAAUCCCACGGUGUGCAGCAACAGUCUCAGCCUCACGACGACAUGUUUCCAUCUGGCGCACAGUUCGCCAACCGACUGGACGACUUCAGGAAUGGCGGACAAGGGAUCAGCAGCCAGCUGGGAGCCGGCAGCCAGCCUCAGACAGGCAAUAUCGACGAGUUUCCUCCCUUGGGUCGAAACGCGGCCGCUGAGCUAGGUCAGGAUCGCCGGGGCUCUCUGAUCCAGGCUCCAGGCUUUGGAGGAUACAACUCUGCAGGCAUUGGUACAUCCCGCUCUCCCGUCAACCAAGGGCCAAAUGGACUGCUGGGACAGGAGAAGGAGGUGAGUAGUCGAUCGGCGGUCGCGACUCCAGACCCGAAUCCAGGCCCCGCACUCACACCUACACCGCAGGACUUGAACACCACCCUCAUGUCCGGUCAACGCAACUUCAGCGAUCCGCAACAGCAAUUGCAGCAGCGGCAACAGCAAGCAAAUGAAGGUCAAGAUGUAUCCGGUGUAGCUCAGAGUGCGGAACAGCCGCCUCUGGCACAAAUGAGCGAGCUAGAUCGGUUCGGCCUUGCUGGCCUAUUGCGGAUGAUCCAUAGCGAGAGCCCUGACGUGGCCAGCCUCGCAGUGGGACAAGAUUUGAUGACCCUGGGUUUGGAUUUGAACCAGCCUGAGUAUGCGCCUACCUCAUCACCAUUCUCGCGACAUCUGCUAACCAACUCGGGUGUCUCCAGACCCUUACAUACCUCGUUCGCCUCGCCGUUUGUUUCGUCGAUGUCUGCUGUACCUCUGGAGCAGGACUUCUCUCUGCCUUCUUGUUACAAUGUCGCCAAUAUUCAGCCCCUCCAAUCCCGGAUCCCUGGAUUCAGCGACGAAACUCUGUUCUACAUAUUCUACAGCAUGCCCCGCGAUAUCAUUCAGGAGCUAGUCGCCGAGGAGUUAAUGGGACGCAAGUGGCGGUAUCACAAACUUGAGCGCUGCUGGUUGACUCGUGACGAGACCUAUCCCGGGCCGGUGGAUGUGGAGCGUGGAAUGAGUGAGCGCGGAGUGUAUCUUCUUUGGGAUCCCGCUAGCUGGAAAAAGAUUCGGCGAGAGUUUCUCCUCCGGUAUGAGGAUCUGGACAACCGACUGGACCCCAACCGAGCUUUCAACCGUCCUCAAGCAGUCGGUCCUACCCACGCUUCAUGA